UUUUUUUUUUUUUUUCCUUGUUCUCUUUUUUUUUUUUUUUGUCUCCGUACUUCUCUCCUUUAAACAACUUGUUCAAUGUUCUUUAUUGUUAUUCAUUCUACUUUUGAUCUUAUUACUCACUUAUUCAUUGAUCUUUUUAUCUAAAUACAAACCUACCUUCAUUCCCUUCAAUAUACUUUUUCUCUCUUUUCUUUUUUUUUUUUGAUUUAAAGAUCUUUUUUCUUAUAUAUAUAUAUCUAAACUUGACAUUCUCUUUCUUUUAACAUAAAAAUAUACGUAUAUAUACUUUGAUUCCAUGUUUGACUUUGAAGAAGCUAUUUUGGGUCUAAGUGAACGCUUACAAGAUGUGGCCUUGAAUAACAAUACUGCAAAAGAGGACGACCUUCAACCAAAUCAAGAACCGCAGUUACCAUCAGCGCAGCCACAAAUGAUUCAGCAACUUCAACAGGAUGAUGGCUCCACUACUUCUAGUCAAUACAAUAGUGAUACCGAUGAACCAGCACCUCGUCAAAAACCUUUGAAACAACAAAAGAUUGUUGCUUUAGAUCAAGAUUAUAUUGCAUCUUAUUCUACAGAAGCUUCUACUUUGGUUGAUCCUCUUACAGUCACUUCUUCUUCCACAGAAACAAGAAUACGAAAAGUAGGCAAAGAUGAUUUUAAGAGUUUAUGUGUUCUUGGACGUGGAGCAUUUGGCAAGGUACAUUUAGUUCGACAUGAACAAAGUCAACAACUUUAUGCAAUGAAAAUAUUGAAAAAGGCAUCAUUGAUUGUUCAAGGGAAACAAGCCAAUCAAGUCAAAACAGAAAGACAAAUCUUGGAAGAAGUACGACAUCCUUUUAUCGUCAAAUUGUAUUAUGCUUUUCAAACUCCUGAUGAUUUACAUAUGGUUUUGGAAUAUGCUGUUGGUGGUGAAUUAUUUAGACAUCUUACUCAUGAGGGUAUGUUUAGUGAACCCAUGGCUCGUUUUUAUGCAGCGGAAUUGGUGCUUGCUUUGGAUCAUCUACAUUCUCUUGGGAUUGUUUAUAGAGAUCUCAAACCUGAAAAUUGUUUAUUAGAUGCUCAAGGACAUAUCAUCUUGACUGACUUUGGAUUAUCAAAAGUAUCUAUGGAUGGGAAGACGAAUACGAUUUGUGGAACCAUUGAGUACAUGGCACCAGAAAUCUUGAUGGGAUUAGAUUAUGAUCACGUUGUAGAUUGGUGGUCAUUAGGAAUUUUAUUAUAUGAUAUGUUGACAGGAUCUCCUCCCUUUAGUGGUCAACGUAAAAAAACAAUGGAUGCUAUUCUCUCCAAAAAGAUUUAUUUGCCAUAUUAUUUGACCUCAGAUGCCAAAGAUUUAUUAUCAAAGUUACUUCGAAAAAAUCCUAAUGCACGAUUAGGUGCCAAACCCAAAAGAUCGGAUGCUGUUCGAAAACAUCGAUUCUUUUCGAAAAUUCAUUGGAAAGAUUUAGAAAAUAGAAAGGUGACCCCUCCUAUAUGUCCUGUUGUGACGAAUCCGGAAGCAGCAGAAAAUUUUGAUCCUCAAUUCACAAAUCAAACUAUUGGAUCAUCUUCUAAUGCAAUAUAUCAAGAAACACAAGCACACUUUCGGGACUUUAGUUUUGUAGACGCGUCACUUGUAGUUUAAUUAUUUGAAAUAAAAGAAUGUUUGUUUAUUAU